CAUGUUUGAAUCUGAUAUCCAGUCAAGGCGUUCAUCAUUCAUGGGAGUUUUAUGGGGAUCACUGAGAUUUCAUCACUUGUAGACCUCCAACACUACAGACUUUUCAAUGCUCAUUUCAAAAACACAAAUGAUCUUCUAAAAUGAGAGGAUUGCUUCGCUCAGAGUCAGAGAUAUUACGCAAGAAAACACCGAAGCUUUCACGUUUAGGUGAAAUUAUCUAGACGUUCCAGCCUCUGUUUAAGCAAAUGAGCAUGCUUGGAACAAAAGCCUGCAAUAGAACUAAUCGUAAAGGCUCCGUAUGUUGGAGAAACAAUUCAAAAAUUACUUCACGUGAAAGCAACCCAUGAGACCACACCUAUAUAACUCCAUCCCUUCCCCUUCCUCCAUAUUCACUCACAUAUUCUCAUCUUCCACCGUGAUAUUCUAAAAACACUGCAAUAUAUGGCUUUCUCUUCAUACUCUAAGAUCUCCCUUCUGGCAUUUUGUGUUUCUCUUUUCGUUUGUUGUGGUCUAGCCCAUGAAUUUUCAAUUGUGGGUUAUUCGCCGGAGGACUUGACUUGCUUGGACAAGAUUAUAGAACUGUUCGAAUCAUGGAUGUCAAAACACGGCAAAAUUUACAAGAGCAUGGAAGAGAAGUUGCAAAGGUUUGAGGUAUUCAAAGAUAACUUGAAGCACAUUGAUCAGAGGAAUAAGGAGAUUACCAGCUACUGGCUCGGGUUAAACGAGUUUGCAGACUUGAGCCACGAGGAGUUUAAGACCCAAUAUUUGGGUUUGAAAACUGAGUUUCCCAGGUCAAGUAGAAGUUCCUCCAGAGAAUUCAGUUAUGGUGAAGUGGUGGAUGUGCCCAAGUCUGUGGAUUGGAGGAAGAAAGGAGCUGUUACUCCUGUCAAGAACCAGGGUUCAUGUGGCAGUUGCUGGGCGUUUUCAACAGUUGCAGCUGUUGAGGGAAUAAACCAGAUAGUAACAGGGAAUUUAACCUCGUUGUCGGAGCAAGAGCUGAUCGAUUGCGACAGAUCCUUCAACAGUGGCUGCAAUGGAGGUCUCAUGGAUUACGCUUUCCAGUUCAUUAUCUCAAACGGUGGGCUGCGCAAGGAGGAAGACUACCCCUAUCUAAUGGAGGAAGGGUCUUGUGAAGAGACGAAGGAAGAAAAGGAGGUGGUGACAAUAAGUGGUUAUCACGAUGUGCCACAAAAUGAUGAACAAAGUCUGCUGAAAGCUCUGGCUCACCAGCCUCUUAGCGUAGCAAUUGAGGCUGCUGGCCGAGACUUCCAAUUUUACAGUGGGGGGGUAUUCAAUGGCCAUUGUGGGACUGAUCUAGAUCAUGGAGUAACAGCUGUUGGAUACGGGUCAUCAAAGGGGUCAGAUUACAUCAUUGUGAAGAAUUCAUGGGGACCCAAGUGGGGAGAGAAAGGGUACAUCAGGAUGAAGAGAAACAAUGGAAAUCCAGAAGGGAUUUGCGGUCUCUACAAAAUGGCAUCGUAUCCUGUCAAGAAGAAUUGAUCUACCUAUCUCACGAUCUCCUGCCACCUGAAAAUUUUCCUUUGCUUUCCUUUUCCAAGAUUGAUGAAUUUACGGUUGUAUGACUCUCUUCUGUUGCUCCAUCAAUAAAAUGGCAGAAAAAUGCUCUUGAAACUA